AUGUCCAGUUUCGCUACCCCGCAACUCCACUGGAUAAUCCUCAACCGCCACGUCACAGGGAAGGACGCCUGCGGCAUGCUCUUUGUCGGGUUUGGCUGCGAGACCGACAACCCCGAGCGCGUGUGGGAGGUUUCGCUUCCCGACACACCGAAACCACCUGUGCAACCCCCGACCCUGCCGCAGCCCGAUGCGCCGGUGAUGAAGGUCCUGCACUUGGCCGACACGCACUUCGACCCCUUCUACAAGCCCGGGAGCAACGCGGAGUGCGACGACGUCUACUACUGCUGCAGGGAGGAGAGUGGACCUCCCGAGCGCCCUGAGGCCGCGGCCGGGCAGUGGGGCGACUACCGCUUCUGCGACGCCCCCAAGUGGCUCCUGCAGGCGCUGUACUCGCACAUCGCGGACACGCACCAGGACAUCGACUUCAUCGUGUGGACGGGCGACCUGAUCCCGCACAACCUGUGGAACACAUCCCGCGAGGGCAACCUCGACGUGGCUCGCCAGGCCAUCCAGAUGGUCAAGGACAGCUUCCCGGGGAUUCCUGUGUUCCCGGCCGUCGGCAACCACGAGUCCCACCCCGUGAACGCCUUCCCUCAACCGUACAUCGAUAACGAAUUCGACAUCUCUUGGCUGUACGACGAGAUCUCGGCGCUGUGGGCGACGUGGCUGCCGGGGGACGUCGCCGCCAGCGUCACCUACUCCGCCUUCUACUCCACGCUCAUCAAGCCGGGGCUCAGGAUCCUCUCAAUCAACACCAAUUAUUGCUACAGCUUCAACUGGUGGAUUGUGUACGACGAUGUGGACCCAGCCUCGGAGCUCGAGUGGAUGGCACAGGAGCUGCAGAAGGCGGAGGACGCCGGGGAGAAGGUCUACAUCAUGAGCCACAUCCCGCCCGGCCACGAUGACUGCUCCAAAACGUGGAGCCACCAGUACAACAGGAUCGUUCACAGGUACGAGUCGACGAUCGCUGGCCUGUUCUACGGCCACACGCACAAGGACCACUACAUGAUGUUCUACGACCCCGACGAGCCCGAGCGAGCCUACCACGUGGGCUACGUGGCGCAGAGCCAGACGCCCUACCACAAGCUGAACCCGGGCUACAAGAUCUACACCGUGGACGGCGACUACCAGGGCUCCUCCUACAGAGUCUUGGACCACGAGAACUGGAUUCUGGACUUGGAUGAGGUGAACGAAAGUAACGAACCGCGAAUGUACUUGCUAUACACAGCUAUGGAGGCUUACGGACUGAGCGACCUCACCCCAACGUCCUGGUCCGGGCACCUGCACCAGAUGAGUGAGGCCAACAGCACGCUCUUCGAAGACUUCUUCAGGUACUACACGAAGGAUGCGCGCCCUUACCGCCAGGAGGGGUGCGACGAAGAAUGCAAGCAAACGCUCCUGUGCCGCGUGGCCGUGUCCGACACUUCCGACAAGAGCCACUGCGACCACCUCAGGACGCUCUAGACAAGCGACCACCGGCGGGGGCGCUUAGGGGCUCCGAUCUGUUGCUGGGUUACAGGUUUUAUAGAAAUUACAUGUUCUUGUCACCUUU